AUGGCCCCGUCUGCCACUGCUCUGAGCAUGCCUGCCUGCCUGUCGGAGCCCUUCCCCAUUCAUGGUUGUCUGGAGGUGAAGGAAGCCAACAAGGCCCUGCCUGCCCUCACAGCGCUGGCCUUCCAGCGAGAGGAGAUGGGCCACAAGGGGAGUGACAAACCCGAGACUCCAGACAGCAGCAGACGCUGGGAAGAAGGGUGCAGUGAGGAGGAGGAGGAGAGUGCAGAUAGCCUGAUCGUGGCAGGUCCUUGGCUCUGUCGGCCAGCAUUACGCAUGCUGCACAGCCUCACCUGUCCGACAAAGCCUCAACUCUCUCGUGUCCCGCCCCCCGUCAACUGCCCCAGCAUUGGCCAGCCGAGCCCUUGGCUGCCGGGUCCUCCGGUCCUUGCGCAGGGGCAGUCGGACUCAGGCUGCUGCGGGUCCUCCCCCAGUCCCCGCCGCCGCCGCCGCCUGGGCCAAGUCAGCAGUGCUGACAGCUGCGGGCUGCAGGGCGGCGGGCGAUGCGGAGACCCUGCGCCACCGCUCCGGGCGGGCGGGCGCCUCUGCCGCGCUCGCGUCCCGACGGCCACUCCCGGCGGCUGCGCGCAGCCCGCGCCAGACCGGGCGGCGGCGGCGCUGAUUGGCGCAGUGGAGAGUCGCCGGCCCUCUGGAGUUGGGGCUGCAGGCAGGAGCGGGGCCAGGGUGACAAGUGGAGAGCGCCGCUCGGGGCUCGUGCCCGCCGGAUUCGCGGCUCCUCGGACGCGCCGUCUCCGCAGGCGCUUGGGGACUGAGCGCCCACCACGUGUGGGACGCGCGCCGGGGCAGCUCCGCGGGAGAAUCGGACGGACCCUCGGAAGAGUCAGGAAGGCUUCGAGCCGAGCCGAGGGAGGCUGCGUCCCGGGCCCUGGCUUUGGAUCUCGUGCCCUGAACCACAGACGCCAGUUUGGAAGGACCAUUUCUCCCAGUGCAGGAGGAAUCCCCUCCUGCUCUCACUUCAAAGAGCUGUGGCUUCAUGAGGCCAAGGAGACCACUGGCCUUCGGUUUUAUGCACAUGGAGAUCUCCGCGGGCUGUGCGGGGACCUGCAGACUGAGUGUGCGGCGUCCUGCCGCACACACUGGGCAGCAUGCAAACGGCGACAAAUGGGAGACCCGCGCCUAGCGGGCUGCCCCGGCUCCUCCCCGCAGAUCCGCGCUUCGGGACCCGCGUCCGAGUUUGUGUCUCCGGGAACCCUUAAGGCCAUGAAGGAAGCAAUCAGCAAGUAUACUGCCCUAGAAGUGCUACACGUUGUUGGGCCCCAGAGGGAAGAAAAAGGCGAGCGAUGCCCGGAGCAGCGAGAGACGCCGGGACGCUGGAAGCUGAGCUCCUCCAUGGUGGCCGCCGCGCUGGGCUCCAGCCUGCUGGUGGCCACGCACGCCCUGUGGCCCGACCUGCGCAGCCGGGCGCGGCGCCUGCUGCUCUUCCUGUCGCUGGCCGACCUGCUCUCGGCCGCCUCUUACUUCUACGGGGUGCUGCAGGACUUCGCGGGCCCCUCGUGGGACUGCGUGCUGCAGGGCGCGCUCUCCAGCUUCGCCAACACCAGCUCCUUCUUCUGGACCGUGGCCAUCGCCCUCUACCUGUACCUCAGCAUCGUGCGUGUCGCGCGCGGGCCCAGGGCCGACCGCCUGCUCUGGGCCUUCCACGUCGUCAGCUGGGGGGUUCCGUUGGCCAUCACCAUGGCGGCUGUCACUCUAAAGAAGAUUGGCUAUGACGCCUCAGACGUAUCCGUGGGCUGGUGCUGGAUCGACCUGGAGGCUGAGGAUCGCGUCCUGUGGAUGCUGCUGACGGGGAAGCUGUGGGAGAUGCUGGCUUAUGUCACGCUGCCCCUGCUGUACCUCCUGGUCAGGAAGCACAUCAGCAGAGCGCACGCAGCGCUCUCGGAGUACCGGCCCAUCCUCUCCGAGGUGCACCAGUUGCAGCGCCGCUCCUCUGUGGCCGACAAGAAGCUGGUCCUCAUCCCGCUCAUCUUCAUCUGUCUCCGGAUCUGGAGCACCGUGCGGUUCAUCCUGACCCUCUGUGGCUCCCCAGCAGUGCAGACACCGGUGCUGGUUGUUCUGCACGGCAUCGGGAACACGUUUCAGGGAGGUGCCAACUGCAUCAUGUUCGUGCUCUGCACCCACGCCGUGCGGGCUCGGCUCUUCAGUCUCUGUUGUUGCUGCUGCUCCUCCCAGCCUCCCGCCCAGAGGCCGGCCGGCCCUCCCGAGGCUCCUGCACCCUCCAAGAUGGGAGAAUCUCAGACAGGAGAAUCCCAGUGGACCCCAGAGCAACUUCCCAGCACCUGAGCUUUUGCCCUUCCUAGCUCCCUGCCAGGUGCAGCCUUCCUGGGACAGGUGGUUCUAUGAGUCCCCCUGCGGGGAGUGGGAGGGGAUGUCUGCUGCACCAGAGUUCCUGCUGUCAAAGCUCUUGACCCCAGUGGGGGAACAGCUGCCGACUCAGCUUCUACCUCCUAGACCCUCAGGCAGCACGUUCCACUCACACCCAUAUCCUGGCACAUUUGGGGGCUUCCUCUGCAUGAGAGCAUUGAUGACAUUCAGGGAAACCACUGGUACGUGAUCACCACCAGGGUGCCU